AUGGAUGAUAGAAACUCAAGUGAUGACUGCUAUUCGUCUGACUUUGAAGAUGAUAUAGAACCUGGAACUACAACAUGUACUAUCAACAUAGAAAAUUAUGUCAGUGUUACAGGUCCAAGCAGUUUACAUAGUAUUUUAAAUGAAUUUAUAAUCACCAAAUGGACAGCGGAUGAGAAAAAUAAUUCACUCAAAUUCUUAAACCUCCCUUUAGAGUCAACAUUUGUGUCUGAUAUAUUCAAAGUUGUUCUACGACAGGAUGGAGAAACAGGAAACCCGUGUGAUAAAAUUCAGAAGGAACAAUUAGAUAAAUUCAAUUUAUCCUCGCAGUUUAAUGACAAAGUGUGUUUUAGUGUCAAAAUUAUAGAUUCUUUCGUUGAAAAGACUAGGAGUCAAUUUAACGAGGUUUUUGCUUGGAUAAAUGACGGAUUUGUGUGGAAAAUGCUUCAAGCCACUGUUACGGAUAGUUUCGCUGUAUUUUACUGCUGUCAACUUCAUAGUUUUGGCAUCGUAAUUCAGUCAAAGCGAAUGAAUGUAAUUAUUAAUCCAAUGGGAACUGAGAUAGACAUUGGUGAUAGCUGCGCAUGUAUGCUAAAAUUUGAAAAAGAUUGCGUCAAAUCAAAUGCAAACUUCAAGUAUAAGGUACACACCCCAGACGUUGAGUUUUCCAGAAAUGUUCACACAUCUACAAGAUAUGUCAAACAUGUGAGCAACAAAGUUGACUUUGAGUAUGAUAAGGCAAAAUUCUUAAAACCAAUAAAAGUAGUGAUAUCCCUUACAAACGAUUCUCUAACGACUCAGAAUAAGUCACAUAUCAAAAUUCUAUUAGUUGGUUACAAGAAUGGAUCAGCUUCUAUUGUUGAGUCAAUGAAGAAAAGUACAGAUGCUAUUUACAGUGGUUCUCUACAUGGAUUUGACGGAGUAUCUUUUGCAGCAGUACUUAUGAUUAAAGAAGACAGAAUCACUAAGAUAGAGUUGACAAAUGAAUUGAAUUUGUUUUAUGGCAGUAGAAUAUUAUGUAACAUUUUAGUUCAUUGUCUGAAGAGAACUUCGUCAACAUUACGUAUACGGGUUUAUUGUUGUCGCGUAGAACAUACCAAAGCGCUGAUAUUUAAGGAACAGCAAGAAGGACACUUUCUUGUUCAUAAAUCAGGGAAUUUAUGUUUAACACAAUACCAACGAUUCAAGAUACGUCCGGCAGGAUGCAUUGGAUUAAAACCAGGAAAUGGUGCUCAUUUGUGGAUGCUUUUCUUGUCAGUCUCUAGCGACAAUGCUUUAACUUUCCAGGUUCAAAUAAAUAGAAUAAUGGGAGGAUCACCAAAUGCAAUAUUAAGCUUUUCAACAGACACAUAUACCAAAACCUACACAGAAAUAACAAAAGUUGAAUUCAAUCUAGAUAGUUUGCCCCUUCUUAAAAAUCGAUCGGACACUGAAGAAAACUCAUCUAAACCAGACCUCAAAAUAGAUACUGUUAAAAUUACCAAUAGCAGUGAUUUGAAAUGUAUUGAAGCUUGUGUAGAUCAGGUCGAUCCAGUAGCACACUGUUUAUCUAAUUGUAAGUCAGCCCAUUCCAAGACAGACAGUAAACACUCAAUUGUCGGAGGUCUUUUGUUAUCAAAUUCCACACUAGAAAGAUACGAGCAAUAA